AGGUACAACAUAUCUUCCCAAGGAAGCUCUUGGCCAUUAUGGAGGACAAUCCUUAUUUUUCUUGGUGUGGCAGCAAUCUUGGGAGUAACUAUUGGUCUCCUUGUUUAUUUUCUGGCAGUUGCAAAGAUUUACUAUUACCAAGUUGAAUUUCAUAUUUCUGGAGUCACAUACAAUAUUAGUUGUGAAAAUGCAAUUUCACCAGCUGGCACAAAUCUAAACAAAGACAUUGAGACUAAGAUGUCUGAUGCAUUUCAAAAUUCUAAUAUAUACAAAGAAUAUAUCAGCUCUCAGGUCAUCAAACUUCUUCCUCUUACCAUUGGUUCUACUGUGCAGUUAUUACUGACAUUAAAGUUUCCUCCUGCAAAGAGGAAUAACAUGAAGGCUGAAAUUGAACCUGUCUUACAUCAGAUGUUGCAAGACAAUAUGGCAUCCUGGAAUGCAGUUCCUGCUUCCAUUAAACUUACAGAAAUGAGCAAGGCUAAUGCUGAAUUACUUACCAACAACUGUUGUGGAAUGCGACUGGUCAACAGUAUAGCAGACAACCGAAUUGUGAAUGGGAAAAAUGCCCUUUUGGGGGUGUGGCCUUGGCAGGCCAGUCUGCAAUGGAAAGGUCUACACUUCUGCGGAGCCUCCCUGAUAAGCCGCAGGUGGCUAUUAACUGCAGCUCACUGCUUUGCUAACAAGAAAAAUAAUUUGGAAGAUUGGACUGUCAACUUUGGAAUUUCAAUAAAUAAACCAGUUAUGACACGGAAAGUUCAAAACAUUAUUUCUCAUGAAAAUUAUAACGAACAACUAAUGCAUAAUGAUAUUGCCCUCAUGGAACUUGCUGAAGAAGUCUCUUUUACUAAGGAUGUUCGUAAGAUUUGUCUUCCUGAUGCCAACCUGCAGCUCUCAGAAAAUGAUAGUGUUGUAGUCACAGGAUGGGGAAGACUUUCUGCAACUGGUCCCUUUCCAGUGAUCCUUCGACAGGCCUUUUUGAAGAUUAUCGACAACAAAGUUUGCAGUGCGCCAGGUGCAUUAUAUGGCCUUGUGACAGAUACAAUGCUGUGUGCUGGAUUCAUGUCAGGAAAAGCUGAUGCCUGUCUGAGAGAUUCUGGUGGCCCACUCGCUUAUCCUAACUCUAGAAAUAUCUGGCACCUUGUUGGAAUCGUAAGCUGGGGUAGUGGAUGUGGUGAAAUGAAUAGACCGGGAGUCUACACUCGAGUGACUUCUUUUCGUGAUUGGAUUACAGCCAAGACUGGACUCUGA